UUAGCUUUAACAAAAUAUAAGUAAAGAACAGUGUAAAAUAAAUGCAUAACGAUCAUAAGUUAGUAAAACAAGAAGAAACGAUAGUGGAAGAAAACAAAAGAAACGUUCUUUCAUAUCGCAUUAGAUGGGCAGUUGUUAUGUAUCGACACGAUUUGUUGAAAGUUCGCGCGUUAAACACCAUGUAAAAUGAUAAAUUUUUCUUUUUUUUGUUAUCAUAAAUAUUUCAUCAUCAUGUAUCAUGAUAUAUAAUACAAGUAUAUUCUUCUGUCUCUUAUUAUUACUGUUCUUAUUACUAUAUUUUUAUAUUACAUAUUAUUAUUAUAGUAAUAGCAAUAAUAUGAAGUGAACUUCUACAGAGGAAACAAAAUAGGACUGGGAGAAAAAUCUCAUUGAUAAUAUGGAAACGAAUUCAUAUUUUGAUCUUUAUUAAAAAUAAUAUAUAAUAUAUAUAUUCACUAAUUGUUAAUUUUUAACAAAUAAUCGAUAAAUUUAUAUACUUUAUAUGCAUUUGUCUUCGAACAAAAUUAUACUGCUGUUGUGUCCUAUCUAUCACAGAUCACCGUGAAAUUCAUGUCAGCCAUCAGUGGAAGAAAUAAAUAUAAGAAAUUAGAUAGUAAUAUCUUACUAAGUUAUUAAAUAAUAAGGAGAAAAAGAGUAUAAUUAAUUCAUUAUUUUCGUUUACAUCGAUGCAAUAAAAAAAACCACCGGAAUCAUUGAAGCCUCGAGAGAACCCAAGAUUUUCUGAAUUACGAAUAGAUACUUGCCAAUGUGCUAUACAUUGAUUAUAGAAUCUCUAUCUUAUUAGUCAAUAAAACUUAAUUUUUCCAAAAUUUAACGAUACUUUAGAAAUUCAAAUCCCUUGACAUAAACGAUUGCACAUGUAUAUGUUUGUCAUAGAAUCAUCUAGCCAAAGCUCAUUAAAAUGAUCGAGUGAGUUACCGUAGCUUCUCCAUAUGAGCAUUGUGAAACGUAUUUCUUUGCGUUCGAAAAUGUUCAAAAGCUAUUUACGCAUAUAAUCAAGCAAGCAAUCGUUACUUCACAUAUAACACACCAUUCAAACGUGAUAUGACAAUCAGUAGUGAAAGUACGAGUUUCAUUUUUUUUGCCGCAAAUUUCGAGGUGUACUAUAGUACUAAAUUUUUUCUUCACAAAAAAUGUUAAAAACCAUUUAUGCCAUCAAUAAGAACAAGUAAUUCUUGACCAGUUUUGAUGAUCAAGGUCUCUUUUUGAAAAAGAUUUUUAUUUGUGCACAAACUAUUUUCGAAAAAUAUCAUCUUUUAACACGAUUUUUUUUUUCGAAGAAAAAACAAAUUUUUUCAAAAAUUUGGAACUAAUACGCCGUAGAUUAAAUCUUUAAAAUGAAACCUUGUUCAUCACAAUCGGUCAAGAAUUACGCCUGUACUUAUUAAUACAUACAGUCUUAUUUGAUUUUAAUUAAUAUUCUGUUUGUUCUGUAUUAUGUAUAAACUUUUUAAAUAGUCAUUGAUAUCACAAAAAUAUAGGUUAAGAACGACAUACGAUUGAUGAUUUCACUUUGUUAUACUGGUGAUUCAAUUAAUCGUUGAUUAAAGUUAACCGAAUUUGGUCUUAAGAUGCACAACAAACAGAAAGAAAGGGAAAAGUAAUAAAUAAAACUUUCUUCACACUAGCUUGACUCGUACGUUCCGAAAUACUUUAAUUGGUUGUUAUCCGAUUUUUUGUCCAACUUACUUUUACUCUCUAUUAUGACGCCAUCUAAAGUUAUAUAAACACAAAUAUUUAGCGCUUAGAACUUGAACCUAAUUCUUUGACGAAAAACUUCUAUUGUGGACACAAGAUCUUUAACUAACAUAGGAUAUUGCUAAGCCUGCUUUAAGUAUUCAAAACAUGAAAACGACAGCAGCGCGCUCAUGUCCUCUUGCAUUGUGUUCAAAAUACAACAAAAAUGUAGACAUUACUUUAAUCUUGAACUAGAAGUCAAUAAACAAUGCUGCCGAUUACACAUAUGAAAUUGACUGUAAUAAUUUACGAAUGGGACAAUACAUCUGCCCUCAUCCCGAUUAUGAUUUCAUAGAUCAAAAAACUCAACAACCUAAAGGGUGUACGAAAGAAAAUAAAGCCAGGGUGUUGUGUCUAGCUGCAGAUGGCCUUAUUUGUACAGAAACAAGAAAUAAUACUUUUAAAAAGGAUAUACCUUGUAAAUGGACUAAUGGAUAUUCCUUUGAGACAACUUUACUGUUGUCUAUAUUUUUGGGUAUGUUUGGUGCAGAUCGUUUUUAUCUUGGAUAUCCAGCACUUGGAUUGUUGAAAUUAAGUACUUUAGGUUUUCUCUUCCUGGGUCAAUUCGCAGAUGUAAUACUAAUAGCAACACAGAUUGUCGGACCAGCGGAUGGUUCACAUUAUGUUAUGCCAUAUUAUGGUGCCGGAAUUAAUAUUGUCACAAGUAAUAACUUCACAUACAGAGUGCCACAAUAUGAUAGCUAAAAGAACAAUUGCAGCACAGAAAUAAUAAUUAUUUUAAGAAAUUGUGUAGCUUUUGCUUCUGUCACGAGCAACGAUGUACAAUCCUACAUAUGAGUCCUAUUCUAAUAUAUUUUGAUGUAUUAUUCUCUAUAUAAUGCUAUAACAAGUCUUAUAAAAAAAGCUAUCUUGUAGAUAUGUUUUUCAAUGAAAAAUUGUAUAUAAA